UUGGAAUGCCUAAUAAGAAACAAUAACCUCAAUUUUUCAUGAUUUUUUCUUGACCUCUGGUCGGUGUUUGUUUAAUGCAGUUUUAAGUUUAAGACAAUUUUAGUUACCUAUUAAUUUCGAGUCUGUGAUUUCGACAAUGAGCCAGGAUAUUAAAAAAUAUGUUGUAGUGGAAUUCCCUGAGGACGAAGGGCAAUGUCCCAUAAUUGGAAUUAUUUCGAGUAGCUGGAUAUUCGAGCUGGAUGGCAAUAUUUAUUGCUAUUGGCCAAAAUACUUUAAAAAUGACAGCACCAGAGACAAAGCCAUCAAGGACCACAACAUUUUGAAAAUUAAUGAUUGUGAUACCUGUCCAAUCAUAGUAAAAUAUAAAACUGACAGUUAUGAGAAAGCAAGAAAGAUGUUAAAAAAUUUGGAAGAACAUUCUCAAGUAGAGGAUUCAUCAGAUGAUGAAAAGAGAAAAAAACGUAAUAUUAUGAAAAAAACACAUUUGGAUUUUGUAGAUAGUCUUAGUGACAUUGAGGACACUCCGCCUAUUCCCAAAAUACCUGCCCCUAAGAAAAAAACCCAAGCAGUAGCAGUAACCACCAUUAAUCUGCAUAACAGAAAAUUAACUAAUGUGCAGGACAGAGUAAGUCUCUCAACACACAAGGAAAGGGAAGGAAAAGGGGAAAGAUGCGUCCAAUGUUUGGAUAAUAAAAGGGUACUCACGGAAAUGUUCGAGCAGCUGGCCAUAAUAAAAGAAAACAUAAACUUUCUCAUUGGAGUUUGUGGAAGGCAGGCCGCCCCAAAUGACAUACCUACUGAAAUUAUUCAAUUGACUACUUUUGCAGAUUUGGAAACUUUUAAUGAAGAACUAAGUGACCAGACUAAAUUCUCAGAAGCUUGUAAAUGGUUAUCUUGUGUUGGAGGAAAAGAUGUUGGGGAGACGACUCGAAAAAUUUUGACCAAACUCAUUUCCAACCAACUGGCGGUCAACUCUAAUUGGACUGGCCGGAACAAUAAAAACGGAUUAAAGGAAUUGAGAAAUUUCAUCAAUCUGAUCCUUGUAUCAGUUAGAAAAAAUCCCAUAUAUUCUAAUGCAUUAUUAGACAAUGUUGAGCAAGUCAUAAAAUCGUGGCUGAGGACUGCUUAUGACAGAGAUGGCGGUAGGUCCCGACGCAAAAGGGCGGAUGAAAAUUAACGUUUUUUGUUUUUGUUUUAAUUUUACACGAGUUAUGUUUUUUAUUUCUUUUGAUUAUUUUUUUAUUUUACAAGAGUUGUUUUUUAUUUUACAAGUUUUUAUUUAUUUCAUAAAAUUUAAUGAUUUAUUUUACAAGAAUUUUAUUUAUUUUAUAAGUAUAAAAACAAUGGACAAUUUCAACGGAAGAUUAUUAAGAGCACCAAUCGGUUUAUGUAGAAACUAAUACAAGCAAACUAUGCUUUAAAAGGAAACUUUUAUUUAUAGCUAUAGUUACAGUCUCCUUUUAAAUUACAGUUUGCUUGUAUUACAAAACCGAUUGUUGCCAAAACAGUCGCCACCCCUAGCAAAUGUCUUCAGUUGAAAUUGUCCAUUG